AUGGCUUAGAACCAAAUAGUAGGAGCAAUAAAAAUUAAAGAUGGAUUAUUUAUAGGAGAUGAAUUUGCAUCAUAGGUUUAGUAUAGAAUUUAAAAAAGGAUCGAGAAUUUAUAAUAACAAAUAAAGUAACUCAUAUAAUUAAUUGUGCUGGCACAGAAGUACAAAAUAAAUGGACUUAGAUGGGUACAAAGUAUUUAAAUUUUAAUUGGUUAGAAUAAGAUAAUGAAGUAUCAAUUAAAAUUUUGAUUUUUAGGUAUUAUUUGAUGAACGAGGUGAAAAUGUUAAUAAAAUAUUUACAUUCAUUGAAGAAUGUUUUCAAUAAGGGGAGAGUUGUUUGGUACAUUCAGUUAGAGGAUAGAGUAGAGCAUGUUGUGUGCUUGCUGCUUAUUUUAUGAAAAAGUUCGUUAAAUUAUUUAAAUUUUUUAGAUAUUCGUGGACAUUAUAUAAAACAUUAGAAUUUUUGAAUUCUAGACGUCCAGAUCUUGAAAUUCGAGCAUCCUUUUUUUAUUAACUAAAUGCAUUAGAAAAUAAAAUGAAUAAAUUAGGAACUAAAAGAACUGCUUCAUGGAAUGAACUCACAUCAGAUGAAUAAAAUCCUUAGCAUGUUUAAGAGGAAUUGAUUAUUAGAAAUACUUUUUUGAAUUCUCACAAUGGUCCUGUUGAUGAAAUAUAUACUAAUUUAUAAGCUAAAUAGGUAUUAAAGUUUAAUAAAUACAUAAAAGGGAGUCUUGGGAAAACUUACUAAUUAAAAGUUAAAAUGGAAAGAUCAAAUCAAUAAAGAAAAUAUUUAAUUAGCAACUCUUGUUUAUUCAGGUUCUCCUGAUUUUGUGCCUGCUUCUGAAGUUAAUUUAAAACGUGAUUCUGAAACUUCUAUUUUAAAAGUAAAAUUAGAAUUUAAUUAGGGAGCAUAAAAAAACCAAUCCUAAAUCUAAUUACCUAAAUAACCCUUAAUCUAAACUAGCUUUCCAAAAAGUAAUUAAAAUGUAACUCAAGUGAGAUCUGAGAGUAGUAAAUCGUAAUAGCAAGAUUAAAAUGACAUUACAAAUAAGUCUAAUAUAACUUCUGCUAAUUUAACGAGCAACCCUUCAUUUUAAAACUUAUUAAUGCAUUGUGCAGUAAAAAGUAGAACACCAUAACAAUAACAAUAAUAAUAACAAUAAUAAUAACAAUAAUAAUAAUAAUAAUAAUAAUAAUAAUAAUAAUAAUAAUAAUAAUAAUAAUAAUAAUAAUAAUAAUAAUAAUAAUAAUAAUAAUAAUAAUAAUAAUAAUAAUAAUAAUAAUAAUAAUAAUAAUAAUAAUAAAUAAGGAUUGAGCAGAAUAAUAAAAAAAAUUAAUUGAUAAAUAAUUUUGUUAAGAUUUCCGAUAAUCAAAUAUAAGAAUAAUAACCUUUAUUUGGAAAUAUUUUAAAUAAUAAUAAUUAGGUCUUAUAAAACAAUUCUACUGCAAUUAGAAGCAAUUCUUUGUAAUAAAAUGAAGAAAAAAAAUUACCUGUAGAAGCUUAAAAUUAAAAUAGACCAAGCUCUUUAAAAUAAAAAGAUAAUUAGAAUUCCAUCUUAACUAAUUUCUAGGAGUUUAAAAACUAAGUGUAAUAAUCAUUAAAUUAUUUUAAUAAAUAAACUGAAACACUUUUAAAUUUUGACAAAUAAUCAUAAUUAUCACAAGCAACAUAAUUAACAAAUUAAACAAAUAAUACAAUCUAAUAAAAAAGUAAAUUAGAUUAAUUAAUUAGUCCAAUAUAAAUGUAAACAAUGAAUUCCACUAAGCAUUCAGAAAUUCAAAAAACCCUCACUUAAUCCAUUUCUUAAUUAUAGUCUAGUUAUUAAAAAUUUUAGCAACUUUAGCAAAAAUCCUAAAUAAACCAAUCCUAAUCUUAAUCUUGCAUUUAAAAAUAAAAUAUUUAAAAAUCUGAAUUAUGUUUGAUUAAUUAACCUGCUAUGAUAAAUUAAACAAAUUUAUAAGAUAGAAGUUCAUCUUUAAAAAGAAAUUAAGAAACAAUAGAAUCUAAACUUAGGCCUAAUAGUACUGAAAUUAAGGAUUCAUUACAAUCUAAUUGCAUUUAAAAAAAAGAGAGUUUGUCACCCUUUUCAAAAGAUCCUUAUAAAAAAUAAUCUUAAUAAGGACCCCCUUUGCCAUAAUCUAGUUCUCAAAUAUACUUAAGAAAUGUUUAAUGUAGAAGAUAAGCAGCAUCUACAUUGAGGAACUAAUAAAAACCUAAUAAUUCAUUUUAGGAUAAAUACUUAAAUUAAAGUGCUAAUUAAGCAUAAAAUAACAGCUUUAAUAAUAAUAGUAAUUCUGCUAUUGAAACUGAUUAAAAGUAAUAAGCUAAAGGCAUAGUUACAGAUCUCAAUUAAUUUAAGAAAUUAAUAUCACCUUAAAAUUUAACUAAAAGUUAGGCAUAAUUUGUUAAGAAUUAACCAAUCAGAGUUUUAUAAGAAUUGACAGAUAAGACCCAUUCAUAAAAAUAUGUGUAAGAUAUUUUAAAUAUUUUAAAGGAAAACCAAAGAUAAUGUCUCUUCAACAAGCUUUACAUUAGUCCAAAAACCUUCAACAGUAAAUACAAGAACUUUUUCACCCGCUAUUAAAAGUAUUGAAUAUUUUUAAUUAAGAUGAGACUAAAAGCAAGGCAAUUAAUGUUACUAGUGUAAGACACAAAAUUAGAAAUUCUUCUCCAGGUAUAAUAAUUUUAAUAUAUCUUAAGGAAUAACAAAGGAAUAGGAUUAGUCAAAUUCAUUUUAAAACUUAUAAUCAACUUUACAAGGAAAAAAUAGUUGGAAAAUGCUUUGA